CAGACGGAGCCUUGCAGAGGUGGAGGGACAAGGUUGGCGGGAAGGCCCGGAGCUCUGGCACGCGGACAGGUCACAGCAGCCAGGCCACUAUGAGCCUGGUAGCCUGUGAAUGUCCACCUGGCCCAGGCCUGGAGCCAGAACCCUGUUCACGGGCCCGGUCCCAGGCCUGCGUGUACCUGGAACAGAUUCGUAACCGGGUAUCGACAGGGACAGCUGACGUGACCAAACGUGACUACCUGGUCGACGCGGCUACACAGAUCCACCUGGCGCUGGAACGAGAUGUCAGCGAAGAUUACGAGGCUGCCUUUAACCACUACCAGAACGGUGUGGACGCGCUGCUCCGCGGUGUGCACGUUGACCCCAACAAGGAGAGAUGUGAAGCUGUGAAGCUGAAAAUUACCAAGUACCUGCGGAGGGCGGAGGAGAUCUUCAACUGCCACCUGCAGCGGACGCUGGGCAGUGGAGCCAGCCCCAACACGGGUUUCAGUAGCUUGAGGCUCCGGCCCAUCCGCACACUGAGCUCUGCUCUGGAGCAGCUGAAGGGGUGCAGGGUCGUCGGGAUCAUCAAGAAGGUGCAGGUGGUCCAGGACCCAGCAACUGGAGGAACUUUCAUCCUGAAGAGCCUUCCCAGGUGUCACAUGGUGAGCCGGGAGCGACUGACUAUCAUCCCACGUGGUGUCCCCUACAUGACAAAAUUGUUGCGAUACUUCAUGAGCGAGGACUCCAUCUUCCUGCAUCUGGAGUAUGUGCAAGGAGGCACCCUCUGGUCACAUCUACUCUCCCAGGCCCACUUGCAAUACUCUGGGCUCAAGUCUGGCUCUGCCCAGGAGAAGUCGAAAGCCCAGCUCGGGCCCAGCCUCAGCCUCAUGACCCCAGCGAAGCUCCCACCAGGCCCCACCUCGAGGCAGGACAGAAUCCCAGCGGAGCCUCCAUGGACUUCCCAGAGCCUUACCCCAGCCCUCCAACUUCAGAAAGGGGCUGGCGCUGAACCUUCAUCCAGGACCAGUGCUGUCUGCUCCUCAGACCUCACAGAGGCCCCGUGUGGCCACUUGCACAGUCGUCAAGUCAGGCGAGCUGGUCAGAGUUCGAACUCAGCACCCACUCAGAGGCUCCACUGGGUACGAGAAGGGGCCGACCGGGUGCUAGGGGCCUACGGCCGAGGCAGGAGUCAGAACCCUCUGUCAGCAAACAGGGCCGGCCUGGGGACCGGAAGAGCUGCCUGGAGCCUGAGGGAGGGACAGGUGAAGCAGUGGGCAGCUGAGAUGCUGCUGGCUCUGGAGGCGCUGCAUCAGCAGGGGGUGCUGUGCCGGGACCUCAACCCACAGAACCUGCUCCUGGACCAGGCAGAAGGUCACAUCCAACUCACAUAUUUUGGCCAGUGGUCAGAAGUGGAGCCCCAGUGCAGCCAGGAGGCUGUGGACUGUCUGUACAGUGCUCCAGAGGUUGGGGGGAUUUCUGAGCUGACGGAGGCCUGUGAUUGGUGGAGCUAUGGGUCGCUGCUGUAUGAAUUGCUCACAGGAAUGGCACUGUCCCAGAGCCACCCUUCAGGAUUCCAGGCCCACACCCAGCUCCAGCUGCCUGAGUGGCUCAGUGGGCCCGCAGCCUCUCUGCUGACCGAGCUGUUGCAGUUUGAUCCCCAGCGGCGCCUAGGUGCAGGAGGUGGUGGCACCCGCAGACUUAAGUCCCACCCCUUUUUCAGUACUAUCCAGUGGAGUCGGCUAACGGGGUAGAAGGUGGGGGAGUGGACAGCACAGCUGGCCCAGGUCUCUCAGCUGGGCUGGCCCCUCUCUGCAGUGGACUUCAGGGGAAGAAUGUGGGGCAGCAGCUACCUUUUCUGCUCACAACCUGCUUGGGCCUCAGACUGCAGAAGCUGUUGGGAGGGCAGAGCUGCACCGGCCGGCCAACAGUCACCUGCUCAGCACACAGCUCGGAACUUCAGCUGAGGCCUAGCAUGUCGAAGGGUGCCUCUGCUGCCCCGGCUCAGCACUUGCUGAGCCAACUGACGAACUGGGGAACACUGCCAUUUGUACACCACAUAGGGCAUCUCUAGAGACAUCUCAGGACACUGAGCCUCUGGCUCAGAAGACCCAAACCAGGACUGUGCUGGGUCUACUUUAGUCAUGCAACCAGUAGACGGCUACAGCCAGACACUGUUCCUACAGGGUCCAGGUGCCAGGAAGGUGGUUAGUCUGUCGGGUAAAGUGGGGGUGGGGUGGGGCAUAGUAUGAUCCACUCCCCACUUCUGGCCCUUAACUUCUGAUUUUGGAGAAUAAAAUCAAGGGAGAGAAGCCAGUGGGGUUAAGAACGGGAUCAGAAAGUGGUUCCACCACUUAAGACGGACUCUGAAAACAGAAUAAAGCGCUUUAUUCAAUGGCUGGCUCCCGUGGGUCAGUGGGUUCCUCUACAGCACCAGCAGUCGGCUCUUCUCAAGUGUUAGUUUCCACUCUGCAUUUUGAUGUGAGCUUCUAUCCAUCACUGCCGCUGACUUUUAGAAUGAGAUACCAAAGAACAUACAGACCAAUUUACCCAGUGCCUUCAGACACUUCCUGGUCUCUGAAGUAAGUGGUCUCUCCAAAGACAGGCCCUCCUUAGGUCCGAGGGCUUGCCUCAAGACAACCCAGUUGCUGGGGCGUGGCACAUGCAACAAAUUUCACAUGACCAAUCCCUGUGUGCCCGUGUUUGUGCCGAUUACACGCGCUGAUACUCCAAGUGCCUGAGAAAAAAGCCUCUUCUUUCUGUGGCAUCGUUGCAUCAUUAACAUAGUGCAAGUGGCCUGGAAGGUAGCAGCCUGAGGCACAGCCUCAGAAAAAGGGAGGAAGGAAAGGCGACAGACACCUGAGCCAGUCAUGGUGCCCGAGCUUAUGAAUCACACAGGCCGCUCACGGAAGAUUCUCCCGAGAAAACAGAGGUUCUUGAGAGCUUAACUUAGAACCUGAUAAGAGACCUUCUGUGGUAACCAACCCAUAAUGCCAGACAACUUUAGCCACUGCUUUAUGGAGUACAGGUCACUUCCAGGCUGGACAUCUGGCACUGUCGAGCCAUCAGUGUGGAAUACCACGGUCCUAGUUCUGACAGGGCUUAUAGAUUGCCUUUCAAUAAAAUAGAACAGCUACGGCAGAA